AUGGACAAAGAAGAAAAUAGGGUAAGCAAGCAAGAAGUAGAAGAUGGCAUUGGCAUUGGAAACUCGACGAUUGGGUAUGACCCAAACCGGAUACCCGCCUCCAUUUUCUCCACCAAACCCACUAACCCAAGCGAGUGGAGUGUAGCCUCCAACGAGUCUCUAUUCAGCAUCCACAUGCCCAACAAUAGUUUCUCGCGCGAUUACGCCAUUUUAUAUGGAAAAUCAGCCGAUCUUCAGGACUUCCAGCUUAGGAUGUCGGGAGAGCUCCCCAGACUCGAUGAAUGGAAUAAAUCACAAUUAAAGUCGAGCGAGCUGAUAGGGCUUCCCUCAGUUGUUGAAGAAACUUGGCCGUCCCUCGAUCAACAUGAAAUGGGAAAACAGGGUCAGCCUAAUGUUGUUAGUGCUAAUCAAAUGGUUAUUACAAAAAUUGUGAGUAGCCCCCACACUUUCUCGAGCCCACCUCGCUUUUCUCACGACAUUCGAAACAACAGUGCCAGCUCCUUUGUUUUCCCACUGUAA